CCCCCCCCCUCCCCCCCCCCGUGGUUGCCCUUUUGCGAGAAGGUGCCCCAUGAGCGUCGCGCGAUACUCUGCGGCCUACUCGUCCUCGGCGCCGGCCGACGAGCAGGUCAUCAUCCUGGGGGACUCGCCGUCGGAGCUAAAGCGCCCGCUUCUCUCGGCCGACUCGACCCCCGGGCUGAGCAAGCGCCCCCGGGCCGAGCCCCCCUACCAGCCCCUCUCGCAGGCCUUUCUCCCACCGCAACGGAAUCUCCUCGGCAGCCUGGACAACGCCUCGCCGGAGGAGCUGGCCGCGCGCCUCCAGGCCCUCAGAUGUGUGCGCAUCGACCGGGCCGCUGCCGCGGCCCUCUCCGAUGCCCAGCUCCUGGAGCACCGGUCCCAGCUGCUAGCCGCACGGGCCUUCAUCAGCGAUGUCAUUUGCGCGGCAGUCGAAGCCGCCCCUUCAACAGGUGGCGGUAGCUCGGCCAGCGCGUCGCGCAGCAUCCCGCAACCGGUCGCCGGCCUGAUCGCCUGUCGCGAGCAAAUCGUCCGAGCCCUGUCCUUCAUCUCCUCGACCUCCUUUCAACGUGGCAUGUCCCUCGAUGUGGAUGACGGCCUCCUCUGGCAGUCGGUCCUCGGCAACACACCGGAGGACGACUGGACCGAGAGUGCCCUUUCCUCGCCGAGCUCCGCCCCGAGCAUGGAGACUUCGGCACACACCUUCACCAGUACCGAGGAGCUGGUCCAGUUCCGUCGAAGCGACUUCUCCUGGACCACACGCUUGGGCUUGGUCUUGCGAGAUGUCUUCGGGUUGCGGGAGUUCCGGAAAAACCAGUUCGAGGCCAUCAACGCCACACUCUCUGGCCGUGAUGUCUUUGUGCUGAUGCCCACCGGCGGCGGAAAGUCCCUCUGCUACCAGGCCCCCGCGCUCUGCGGCGAGGGGACCACGGUUGUGGUGUCUCCCCUGCUGUCGCUCAUUCAAGAUCAGGUGUCCAGCUUACAGCGCCUCCGGAUUCCGGCGCUCUUCCUGAUUGGCAGCAUGACCAGCGAGUCGCGCACAUUUGUCACCCGUGAGCUCUCGUCUGGACGUGUCAAGUUGCUCUAUUGCACCCCGGAGAUGAUUACAUCCAGUUCCUUCCUCGGGGAGAUCCUCCUCAGCUUGUACAAGCGCAACCUGCUCGCCCGCUUCGUCAUCGAUGAAGCCCACUGUGUUAGCCAGUGGGGACACGACUUCCGGCCGGAUUAUAAGAACCUCCAGCUUCGAUCACGCUUCCCAAGUGUUCCGCUGCUGGCUCUGACCGCCACGGCCACCAAGCUGGUCCUUUCCGACGUCAAGACCCAGCUCAAUCUCAAUCUCAAAGCGGUCACACUGACGAGCUCCUUCAAUCGCACAAACCUGGACUAUUCGGUGGUGGCCAAGCCCCGACGGGCAGCCGACAGCAUGCAGGAGGUGUACAACAUCAUCCGGCAGUCUUUCGCCGGGAAGUCCGGCAUUGUCUACUGCCUGUCUAAGCGCGAAUGCGAAACCCUGGCCGAAUUCCUGGUCAAGCAGCGCAUUUCCGCCGCGGCUUACCACGCCGGCAUGCCGAGCGACGAACGCAGUGCCAUCCAAUCCGGCUGGAUGGCCAAGCGAUACCAGGUCAUCUGUGCCACAAUUGCCUUCGGCAUGGGGAUCGACAUGCCGGAUGUUCGCUUCGUCAUUCAUCACACCCUUCCCAAGUCUCUUGAGGGUUACUACCAGGAGACCGGGCGCGCCGGGCGCGAUGGCCUGCCCUCCAAGUGCAUUCUCUUUUACAGCCUGGCGGACUCGAAUAAGUUGCGCUCAUUGAUGAUCAACUCCCCGGACCAGCCCCUGUCGCCGGAGCAGCGUGAGGUGGCCAACAGCCUCCUGCUGCAGGUGGUCGAUUUCUGCGAAGACCGCUCGGCAUGCCGGCGUUCGCGGAUCCUAGCCUACUUCGAUCAGACAUUCGAUGCGGCCGAGUGCCAGAAGACCUGCGAUAACUGCCGAUCCACCGAGACCUUCGUGACCAUUGACCUUACCGAGGUCGCUGUGACAGUGCUAAGUACUGUACGGGCCAAUCCCGGGAAAUUCACCAUCAUCCAAUUGGCCUCCGAGGUGUCGAAGCAGCAGGGCGGUCCUUCCAGCAUUACUCGCAACGAGUAUGAACGCCUCAUUUGUCGGAUGAUCUUCCUGGAUGCUCUUUCCGAGCAAACCAAGUCCAACUUCCGCCGGCCCAGCCACGCCCCCCCCUCGUCGUACCUGUACUCCGGGCCCAAGGCCCGGUUACUGGAGCAGAAGCAGCUGCCCAUCGUGCUGAAUAUGCCGAGCCGAUCUGCUCGAGGGAGGAGGUCCUGACCCGUGACAUUCCCCGCCCCCGGAUCACGCCCCUGAUACGGAAAAUAGAACCAUAGAUUGGCA